UCCGGCACGUGCGGCAUAAGGGAAAAGAAGGCGGGCGUGCCUUGUGCGCAGGCGCGGGAGGAGAGGUUUUCCACCUGCCCCGCUGCCCGGGAGGGAGAGAGAGAGGGAGAGGGAGCGCGCGCACUCACCCACUGCCUCCCUCCCUCCCUCUCUCGUGCACGCGCGCUGCCCCUUCGCCCAAAGAAGGGAGAGAGCGGCGCUUCUUCCCUUCGGAGCGCUCUUCUCCCCCAGCCAUGGGCUGCUCCAGCAGCGUUCAGACCCACGUCAAGGAAAAGAGCCGCCUGGCUUCCAAGAUCCCGGACCCCGACGGGCUGCAGAAAGGCGAUGCCAACUUACCCAUCGCAGAUGAGAAUGACACAAUACCUGACCAGACCAAACUUGGAGCAAUUGACGAAGUGGAACCUGGGUCUCCUGGAAGAAAGCAAAGUGAGAGUCUUGCCAAAGAGGUGGCAGAUGUUUUGAUUCCUGGACUGACAAACUGUGCCCUUUCCACCUGUCAAAGAGUGGAUCCGGAGGGCACAGAACCACAGCCGGUGGCAGUAGAAGAAAAGCUCAAUGCCAGCGGGCCUUACCCUGCCAGUUUUAUAGAAGCUGGAGAGCUUCAGUAUGUGAAACCAGUGGAAGAAGAGGUCAGUGAGCCUCUAGCUGUCCAUGAAGCUGCCAACAAUUUGCCUCCAGAAAUUGUAGAGAACAACAUGCCUGAACCUGUUGAAUCAUCUCCAGAAAUUGUACAGAACAAUACGCCUGAACCUGUUGAAUCAUCUCCAGAAAUUGUACAAAACAAUACACCUGAACCUGUUGAAUCAUCUCCAGAAAUUGUACAAAACAAUACGCCUGAACCUGUUGAGUCAUCACAGGAGGACCCACCUGAGCCUGUGGCAGAGGAAAUAGUUACCCUUGUGACAGAAAUCGUGAAGGAACUAGAAGCGGAUGAAGUGGAACUGCUAACUGAGGGUGAGACAGGAGAAAAGAUGGAAACUGAGAAGCACUGUGAGAUAGUAAGCGAAUGCUCUGAAACAAAAGAAGAAAUGGGAGAAGCUACAGCCUCAGCAGCAACAGAGAUAGAAGUUACUAAUGAAGAGUGACUCAAGGCAUUUGAAUGGACUUCAUCUGUGGUUGCACAAAUCAUCAUAAUGCUCCAAUUUGAGAAAACCUGUUUUUAUAACAGCUUAUUAUAUAGACUUACUGCAAUAAUCGAGCACAGUGAGAACAUUAUAAGGAUUUUAUUUGAGAAAGUCAAGUUGCCAAGACACUGCUGAGGAGCUGCAAUAUAAAACCUUCAUGUUUGCCAUAGAGUGCCUUCUGCAGACACAUAAAUGAAAUUACAUUUCACAAAACAACUUUGCCUUUCAAUAGAAAAAUUAAUGAACAUGAAGGGAAGUUUAGGGAAGUCUAUCAACAAUAUUAAGCGUAAAAGCCGGUGCAGGUAACAUUAAAUAGCACCAGAAGACUGUGCAUCAUCUAAAGAGGGAUAAGAAACGUCAAGUGCUAACAGAAACCUUGCAGUCAUGAGUUAUUUAACUGCACAAAUAAAAUUACUGCAUGAAUCUUCAA